GGUUGAUGCAGUGAAAAUUAUGUUGAUGUGUAAAUACUGAUCAUGAAUACAUACUGCAUCAGAAGUUCGAUAAAAUUUUUUAAUUAUUGCUAAGAUGUUAAAAUGCCACCUAAAGUGUCUAAGAAAGUUGCAGGAAUCAUAUUAAGAAGCAGAAAAACCAUUAUGAAGGAUGGUUUCAUUUCUUCUGGCAUAGGAGAGCCUAGCAUUUAUCAUGCGCUAGUGGUGAUAUUUUUGGAAUUUUUCGCAUGGGGUCUUCUCACAGCUCCUAUGAUAACGGUUUUAAAUGAAACCUUCCCCAGUCAUACUUUUUUAAUGAAUGGAUUAAUAGUGGGAAUAAAGGGUCUCCUAUCCUUUCUAAGUGCUCCUUUGAUCGGGGCCUUGUCUGACGUAUGGGGACGAAAAUUGUUUUUGUUGCUGACAGUAUUCUUCACAUGUGCACCCAUUCCUCUAAUGAAAAUAAACACAUGGUGGUAUUUUGCUAUGAUUUCAAUUUCGGGUGUAUUUGCUGUAACUUUUUCUGUUGUGUUUGCAUAUGUUGCUGAUGUCACUGAAGAACAAGAGAGAAGUGCUGCCUAUGGAUUGGUAUCUGCAACUUUUGCAGCUAGUCUUGUAACUAGUCCAGCACUAGGAGCAUACCUUGGCAAAUUAUACAAUGAUAACCUAGUUGUAGCUUUAGCAUCUGCAGUGGCUAUCCUAGAUGUCUUCUUUAUUAUGGUGGCAGUCCCAGAAUCUUUACCAGAAAAAUUUAGACCUGCAUCCUGGGGUGCUCCAAUUUCCUGGGAACAAGCUGAUCCUUUUUCGCAAUUACGUAAAGUGGGCAAAGAUCAAAUGAUUUUAAUGCUUUCAAUAGCUGUAUUUCUUUCAUAUCUUCCUGAAGCUGGACAAUACUCCUGCUUUUUUGUUUAUCUAAGACUUAUUAUGGGAUUUUCAGCUGAUGAAGUAGCAUUAUUCAUUGCAGUUGUUGGUUUGCUAUCUGUUAUAGCUCAGACGGGAUUUUUGACUGUAUUAAUGAAAACAAUUGGAGCAAAGCAUACAAUCAUGGUUGGAUUAUUGUUUGAACUAUUACAACUUAUGUGGUAUGGAUUUGGAUCCAGAACAUGGAUGAUGUGGGCUGCUGGAGUUUUAGCAUCAGUUUCUAGCAUCACAUAUCCUGCCAUAAGUUCAUUUGUUUCCACUCAUGCAGAUGCUGAUAAGCAAGGUCUUGUUCAAGGGAUCAUUACUGGCAUGCGUGGCUUGUGUAAUGGUUUGGGACCUGCUCUGUAUGGAUUUAUAUUCUAUUUAUUUCAUGUUGAUCUAAGUGAAGACAUUAAUGAAAGUAUUCCAGCAAAUAUUCACGGUUUCAUUCAUGCUGCCAAUGGGACAUUAUUAAUUCCCGAGGAACCUCGAUUGAUUCCUGGUCCCCCCUUUGUCUUUGGUGCUCUGCUGGUGGUAUUGGCUUUAAUGGUUGCGGCAUUCAUACCAGACAAUCAAAGCUCUUCCAUUGGCGUUUGGCCUCCAGCUCGUCAUUCUGACUCAUCUCCUAGUCCAACUCUUCCAACCAGCAAAAAUUCUGGUGAUGCCUUCCACUUUGAGGUGAUUCACAAGAGGUCCGACGGGUCUCAACCUUUGAUGCAAGAUACAGAACCAUUAUAGCAAUCAAUACAACGCCCAUGGCGUGCUGUGAUUGAUAAAGAAAACUUUGAAACGAUUGAAGAAACUGCUGUAUGAAAAGAAAACAAUUGAGUGAAAAAAUGGUUGAUAAUUUUAGUUUACUCUGCUUACAGUUCCACCACUGCAGUUGAAAAAUUAAAGCUUGUAUAAUGGUUGUGCCUCGGUUGUAUGUGCAAGAGACAUGUAGGUGGUAUUUUCCCAUCAGUUGAGAGGAUGUAUCAAAAUAUGCAGUUUCUCAUGAUAAUAGCGUAAACAUUCCAGUAAUUAUUUUACCAGUGUUUCAAAUUGCUUUUGAGUACAAUUAUCUUAGAAUGAGAAUUAUUUAAUUAGUAAUGACUGCCUAAUAUAUUGUAAACUAUGUGUAGUAUCAUUGUAUUGUACAAUAUUUCUUGUAAUUUGUUUAUGAGUAAAAUUUAUAAUUUAUCGUUAAUGCCUGGUGCUUCCAAUUUAAUUUUAUUUAUCUCUGUAGGGAAUUAAAUACUGCAGGGAGAUAUGCGUAUUACAGCUAUUGAAUCGUAUUAAGCGAGUGGAAACUGUGGGACUUAAAGAAAACCACUUAACACGUUACAUUAGGUUGAAUGCAUCACUAUUUUAAUAGGAAAUCGUAGAAUCUCACAUGCUAGAAGUAUUUUGAUGUCCAGUAUGAACGUUAAAAGUACUAUUUUAUAAUUUUUGUUGUUCAUGACAGUAUGAUUUAGGUUUUUUUAUGUACGUAUAUCUUGCCAAAUAUGUUUUUAGUACAGUGACCUGUAAAUUAAUUGCACUGAAUUGGAAGCGAAUGUAGACUAAUGCAAAUUAUAUGGCUUAUGUAUUUGUUCAUGAGUAUUAUUAUUUUGUAUUUUGUUAAAGGUUUUUUAAAGGUUUCACUUUAUAACAAUUUUGAUUUUUUUAAAUUUUAGCUAUACCUACAUCCUACAGUUUUUUUUUAUUACUUGAAAUUUUGUUUGCUUUUUGAAGUAUUUAAAAUGUAUGUUCUUUCUUUUGUAAGUUGUUCAAAGGAUUCAUGUGCUUGUUAAAAGACUAGAAAUAAAUGAAAAUGUGGGAAGCAACUGAGGUAAACAAGUAAUUUUUCAUAAGUAUUAUCAUAUUUAGAUGAAAUCUCAAAAGUAAUGCAUUCAUAUAGAUAUGUUUAGAAAGUAAGCUGACAAAUAUUACCUUCACCAAAAAUUAAUGAUAAAUGUCAAAUUAAAAAUUUCCAAUCAUGUUUAUUCUGCUAUUCAAAUGGUGAUUAAUAAAUAUUCAAAAAGCUUAUUCAUCCCGUGAGUGCAAUCUGAUUAUGUAAUGAUUCAUUCUUAUGAGUAAAAAGAAAUUCUUCUGAAAAGGAAUAAUUUUCUUUCUAAUUUAACAAAAUAGGUGACCAUGAUUAUAAAAAGAAUAAUUUAAUAUUUUGUGAAUGCUCAAUAUACUUCUGGUAAAAAUUUCAGCAUUUUCAUGUAUAUUUUAAAUUUUAAAGAUCUUAAUUUGAAAUUGUUGUGACAUAGUGAUUUUUCAGAUUUCAAUUUCAGUAUUAAAUCACCAAAUUUAAAGUUAUGAUUUUUGUGGUUUUGUAUUCAGGGCUUUAAAAAUGUUUUCUUUGUAUGCUGCAAAAUAAAUAUGGAAUUUUGUGCAUAGUAACUAGAAGAAUGUUGGCAAAAAAUCUAGUUCUUUGUUUAUGGAUCCCAGUACUUUCUUUUGACUCUUUCACUAGCAUUAAGUGAUAAAUGCAUUUUAAGUAUUUUUAACUGUAUAUCUUAUUCAUCAAAAUAUUGUGCCAGUAUGUGAAUGCAUAUUUUUUCCCCUAUCUUUUUCCUUUUGAAAUUGAUGACAUUUUUCUAAUACUAUGUGUGUUUCUAUUCAUGUUUUAUUUCAAUGUGUAGGGGAAGAUCAUUUUUGUUUGAUUUUUUUUCUAGUCACAUUCACUUAUUUGUAAGUGUUUUCUUGUCUUCUUCCAUGAAAUAAUUGUUUAAACUAAUUUUUACUGUGCCCUGUUUUUCUCUCUCGUAUUAUUCAAUUGAAUUAUAGUUUAAUACUCAAAUAAUCGAAUUUGCAUAAUAAAGAAAGCACACAAUUCCAUACAUAUAUCAAUCAUCAUAAUCCAUAUUUAGAUUAAUGCUCAAUCAAUCUUCAGUUUAUCACUUUCCAUAGUUGCUGUUUCAGUUUGGCUUGAAAUAAAUAAUCUAGGAAUCCGAUAUUAUCCUACAAUAUAUGAGAACCUGCAUGCUCUGCAUGUGUACCUUACAGAAUAUUGAUUAAUAUAAAAUUGCUAUGCAAGGAAAAUGAAGUAAGAGGAAUGAUACAAUCAGAAUGUAUGUUUUCUAAUCACGUCUUGCAUUUGUACAUUCAAUUGCAUUCUUAAUUUGUUACCAAUUUUAGAAAACUUUGUUUCCAGUUAUACUUUCAAGUAUAUUAUGAAAAUGAAACAUAGGGUAAAUUGAAAGGUAACAAAAUAUUUGGUUUUUGACUUUGACCAAAUUAUUUAUAACACCGAUUCUUGCUUGAUUCUCUUUUCCUUUUUAUUUCUAUUGUAAAAAGUCAAAAGAGAUAUUUUUAAAAUAUUGUCAUUAAAUACUUCUUAUAAAAAAUAAUCGGGCCAUUUUCUGUUUGAGCCAAUUACUGUUAUCAACUGUAAUUCUCACUCGCCUUCCUCUCCUUAAUAAUUAUCAUUAACAAGCCAUUGCUUUUUAAUGCUCUGACUUCAUAUUUGUUAAAUGUAUCUGAUAUUUUGUACAAUACUACAUAUUCUGUUAAAGUUAAGAAUACAUAUAUGCAUAGAAAAAAGCAUAAAAGUGAAUAAGAAUAAUAAACUAAGAACAUUAUAGUUACUCAGAGGGUAAAAAAUUAAAAUAUUAACAGAACCAAAAGAAACCCACGUAAAUCUUUUGCGCCUGAGCUACGAUGAACAAAAGCACAUUUACAUGUAGAAUAAAUUUUAAAAUAUGUGUGUAUAUAUGUAUAUUAUAUAUAUAUACAUAUAUUUGGUAAGGAUGAAUAGCGACUGCUCCAACUUCAACUCAUUAGACAUCCUGGAGUUUAAAGUUUCGUGAAAAUACAGUUUUUUCUGAUUAACCACCCAGUCUAAAGGCUAAACAUGUUAACCUAGGUGUGAAACUGUGUUCAGAAUUAUCAGAUUUUUGAUAUUAUAGAGAAAAAUAUAAUGAAAAUAAUGUUCGAGCAGUACAAGUUUAUGUAAAAUGGAACUCUGCAGAGGGAAGGUCCUUACUCCAUACCCUAGAGCGGAAAAAUAUGAUACAAAUUUUAAAUCAAAUCUUUAAAAAGGCUGAUUAAUCAUAAUCACGUAUUCAAAUUAAUAGUUCAUUGUUGUUAAAUGAACAGCUUAAGUAGCUUGUCCCAAGAAUUGUAAGUGAAUCAACCUUUUUACAUCUGAGCUCAAAUUUGUAUUACAUUUCUGCACUCUAGUGUUAGAAGUUUGUGCUUUUGCUCUGCAUAGUUAAUUUUAUAUCACCUUUUAUUUUUAUUUGGUUUAUUUCAUCCCCCCCCCCACAAUAUCAAAUAAGUGCUGAAGUGUGGACCCAAUUUCGUAUCUGGUUACAGUUAACUUUCCCUGGUCUUAAAGAAGUAUGGUUAAGGCUGAAAAGCUAUCUUAGAAACUCUGGUAAGUACUAGGUGUCUGAUGAUUUGGAGUUUAUUUGUUGCCUUUCAUCAUUUCGAAAUAUUUUAUUUUUAAUUUAUUUCCUAUAUACAGUGGCAUAUCAGCUCCCAUGUUUGGAGAGAGCACUAUGUAAGUUGUGGCUAGAAAGCCGGAGGCGGAAGUGGCAUUAAUCAAUAGCAGUAAUUCACGCCAUUUGAAGUAAUUUCAAAGGAGUGCCAUGGUAAGCAUAUUCAUAAUGGUGAUUCUUUGAGAACUUCUCAGUGAGCGUAUGCAUUUGGUUCCAACUUGGUUGACAUAAUCCUGUUUUAGGUUUUAAAAUAAUUCAUGCUUGGGUAUCAGCAUUUAGAGCCACAAGUUCUGCACUGAAAACAAACAUAUGGCCAACCUCAAACCCACAGAAAAGUGUGGCAUGUCUGAAAGUGCCCAUCCAGGAAGCUCCAAAGCAUUUACCACAAAUAUGCAAGUGGCUGUAAUUGUGUGAUGUGGAUGUAAAAAUUCCUGCCAGUGACUUAAUUCAUAACAUCAGUAGUUUUUCUAGCCGAAUAGAUUCACGUUGAAUCAAGUUGAAUAUGAAAUGCUUGCUGAGUAGCUCUCAAGGAACCAUCAUCACAAAUCUACAAUAACUUAAUGCUUAUCUUGGCACUUUAUUUCGACUACUACAUAUGGCUCGUGUGUCAAAAGUGCUAUCAAUCAAUACCACUUUCGCCACCACAACUCACACAGUGCCCUCUCCAAAUACAGGAGGUUGACAUGCCGCCCCUAUACAUAGGCGGGUGAGUCGAAAAAUAAGCUUCCCCUGAUGAGUGUGGACAGAAGUGUGUAUGAAAGUCGAACAAGGUAACGAGACAUGAAAUUUACAACACUUUAUUUGUCAACAUAAGCACCAUGCAUCGUGAGACAUUUCUCAUACCGCUUGAUAAGCUUCAAAAAGCCCUCCAAGAGAUUUGCAUAUGGCCAAAGUGCUGAAUGGCUAUGGGCGAAAGAAGUUCAAAACAACUCUUCGUGGUUUUUUAGAAUGCGCAAGGAGUUAUGUUGCUGGACGUUUUGGAGGUUGAAACCAUCAGUGCUAUGCAGUACUGUAACAUCUAAUUGAAAUUGAAAGAGGCAAUUUGGAAACAGCAGCCUGGUGUUCUGAUGUUGGAUGGAGACCACACUCUGCUUUGAAAAAGAAUCCUGGAAACAAUGUUGAAGUCAAAUAAGUGGUUCAAUGAUGCUUCUGUAUACAAAGCAACGAAAUUUCCCUGAAGGGCUUUUUGAAUCUUAUUAAGCGUUUGAUAAAUUUCCUCAUGUCCUUGGUAAUUAUGAGAAAAAUAUAGUUAUGUCUCAUCUUUAACAUCUCAUUCUAUGUCUUGACUUUCACACACAACUCUGGCCUCACUAAACAGAAGAAACUUAUUUUCCCGACUCACCCUCGUACAUACCUAUAUGUAUGGUAUAGUAGUCUGCAGAUUAAUGUUAUGUUUUCUUAUGUAUUCUUUAAAAAAAAAAAAAAAAUCAUUAUUGCAACUAUAUUUGUCCCACCUUAUGUUCAAAUUUAAUUUAAUUUUUUCUUUGGCUGAUGUUAAGCCAAUAUUUUUCUUUCAUUAAUGUUGGUUGAGUAUAAAUUGCAGUAUAAUAUAACUUUUUUUUUGUUGGCUAUAAUGAAUAGAUAAAUUUUGUACAUACAUUUAUCUUUUAUUUGUGCCAUUUUAAAUUUAAAUCAGUAUUUGUUUAAUUAACAAGAACUUCUUGUAAAAAUUUGCAGUUAUUCAUUAGAGGUUUUAAAAUAAGCAUCCCUAAAACAAAGUGCUGUAAAAUGUGACAAAUGUUUCAGAACAAACUGCUAUGCUGCAGAACAAUUGUAGCUAGAUUACAGACUCAACAUGGGCUAGGAGCAACCCGAGACAUUCUCAAGAAAGCAAUGCUUUAUUCUUUCUUCAGAAUGUUGUGAAGGAGGAUUAUCUGUGGCUGAUUUUGGGAUUAUUCCCUUAAUAACUUUGCAUUUUGAUGUGUGUUUUCACAAAUUAAUAUUAUACUUGUAUGUUCUGCUGACCAUUUUCAAUCAGCCAAAGGUCUGUUGCAGAAAGUUUCAAAACAUUCUUGUACAGGAAUAAGCAUUUACUAAUGCAUGUAUAUAUUCUUUUAAUGAUAAUGCCAAAGAACUAAACUGUUAUUGUUGUUCCCAAAAUUAUAUUUCAGAUCACAUUUGAUUUUUCCUCCUUCACAGCUCAUAUACAACAGUAAAUUUUUUUGAUCUUUCAUUCCAGAGAACACUUUUAGAAGUUUUUAUCCAAAAACUAUUCCGAAGAAAUUUGAAAGUAUAUUAAAAAAAAUAGAAUUUAUUGGAAUUAGCAUGUUUACUGAUUAUUUGAAGUUUUACUGGGGUAAUACAAUUUUUUUUUUCUUUUUUUGAAAAUUGGAAAAUGCUUUAUAUGUUUGCUUUUGAAGUACAAAUUUCAUUAUAGGUAUUUUAAUGCAAUUCUAUAUAUUGUACUUAAAUAUGUUAUAAGAUUUUGAACACUAUAGUUUCAAUAUAUUUGUUGAAUUUUGAAUCUUAGCAAAUUUGAAUAAAAAAUAAACUUAA